UUCAUUUUACAUUUUCUCUGCACUUUAAGAACUCAGUUAUGGCGCCAUCUUUGCUUCAUUUGAAGACUGCAGCUGUUGCAGUGGCGUCUGUUAAAGCUGCUGAACAUGACAAUGUAAGUAGAGUUCUACUCCCGGAGAAGACAAGGAACUCUCGGGUCCUUGUCCUUGGUGGAACUGGUCGUGUUGGAGGAUCUACUGCCACCGCUCUUUCCAAGCUUUGUCCUGACCUUAGAAUUGUCCUCGGGGGUAGGAACAGGGAAAAAGGUGCUGCCAUGGUGGAUACACUCGGAAAGAAUUCUGAGUUUGCAGAAGUUAACAUUGACAACAGAGAUUCAUUGGAAGCAGCUUUAAGUGAUGUCGAUCUUGUAGUUCAUGCUGCAGGACCUUUUCAACAGGCACUGAAGUGCACUGUACUGGAAGCUGCCAUAGAGACCAAGACUGCAUAUCUUGAUGUUUGCGAUGAUACAAGCUAUGCAUUUCGUGCAAAAUCAUUCAAGGAUAGAGCAGUAGCUGCAAAUAUUCCAGCCAUAACUACUGGUGGAAUCUAUCCUGGAGUGAGCAAUGUGAUGGCAGCAGAGCUAGUUCGUGCUGCACGAAGUGAAAGCAAGGGAGAGCCAGAGAGGCUAAGAUUCUUCUAUUACACAGCAGGCAGUGGUGGUGCUGGUCCAACUAUAUUAGCCACUAGUUUCUUACUUCUUGGGGAGGAAGUUGUUGCAUAUAAUAAAGGACAAAAAAUCAAAUUGAAGCCCUUUACCGGAAUGCUCAAUGUGGACUUUGGAAAAGGAAUUGGAAAGAGAGAUGUUUAUUUGUUGAAUUUACCUGAGGUACAAAGUGCUCAUGAGGUCCUACAAGUACCAACUGUCAGUGCUCGAUUUGGAACUGCACCAUUCUUCUGGAAUUGGGGAAUGGAAGCUAUGACAAAUCUUCUUCCUGUGGAAUUUCUAAGAGACAGAAACAAAGUCCAACAGUUGGUUCAAUUGUUUAAUCCACUAGUAAGGGCAGUUGACGGGAUUGCUGGUGAGCGUGUGUCAAUGAGGGUUGAUUUGGAAUGCACAAAUGGGCGCAGUACACUGGCUUUGUUUAGCCACAGGAGACUCUCUGUGUUGGUGGGAACUGCCACAGCUGCUUUUGCACUAGCAAUUCUUGAGGGAAGCACACAGUCUGGCGUUUGGUUUCCAGAAGAGCCUGAAGGUAUUGCAAUUGAGGCUAGAGAAGUUCUGCUCAAGCGUGCUGCACAAGGAACAAUUAACUUUGUGAUGAAUAAGCCACCCUGGAUGGUGGAAACAGAUCCAAAAGAGAUUGGAUUUGGAAUAUAUGUUUGAGAAUGCGCACAACAAAGAUGCAUUGUAGGCCAUUUUUCUGUUCCAGCUUCCCCAAAAUGCUAAAAAGUAUUGUUCCUACAAGUGGUCAGCAUUUUCGGUAUCAAUGAUUGUUGAUCCCUGUGUUGUGAGUUGUGACUGAGCUCAUUUGCUGAGCUUUAUUUAUCAUGUCAGAUGUUGGAAGUUGUAUAUAACUUGAGAGCAUUGCAAUUCUGGGGACUACAGCUUGGUUGCACUCAUUUUUGAAGGGAGAACAAGUGAGAUUCUUUUGGAGCCAUUUAAUUUACACUCUUCCAAGUAAUUUCUUGUAACGAAAUUAUUAUCAUUUGAACCAUUUUACAUAACUGGCCAUUCAAUUAAUAUAUAGUUGAAUUUUCAAAAGCUCUUUUUUUUGGCCUUCCUGUUUCUUUGUUAUCAUUUUGAUUUUCAAGGUUGGGGAGAAAUAGAAGUGGCUAGAGUUUGCAGGGAAUGAUUUUUGUGUUAGUGUUUUUUAGUGCCUUGUUCUCUAUGGAAUGCAUCAAUAUGUACAAGAAAACAACUUAAAAUGCAAUCCUUGUUCAUGCUGCAGCAAAAAUGACUGCUUAGCAUCAGUUUUUUUUUUUG